AAGUACAGUGUUUUUCAGUUCAUAUGGUUGCGGUUGCAUCAGACUGAUCCAGUGAUUGCAUAGUCUAGAGCAGUACGAGGACGUGCUGAGAGAGCAAAAGUCAAGGUGGAGAGAAGGCAUCAUAAGUUGAUUGGAAAUUCAGGUGAACCAUCAUGGCUGAAGCGAAGGAUCCAUCUGAGAUGAGCACAGAUGAGAAGUUAGCCCUGAUAAACAGAAAUCUGCAGGAAGUUAUCGGAGAGGACAAAGUGAGAGCAGUAUUGAAGGAACGUGAUUUGAAGGUUUACUGGGGGACAGCAACUACAGGCAAACCCCAUGUGGCUUACUUUGUCCCUAUGUCCAAAAUAGCAGACUUUCUGUCAGCCGGAUGUGAAGUAACAAUUCUGUUUGCUGACCUGCACGCUUACCUGGACAAUAUGAAAGCCCCCUGGGAGUUACUAGAGAAGAGAGUCAUGUACUACGAGCAUAUCAUCAAAGCCAUGCUCAGGAGUAUAGGGGUGCCACUGGACAAACUCAAGUUUGUGAAGGGCACAGAUUACCAGCUUAGCAGAGAAUACAUGCUGGAUGUGUAUAAGCUGUCAUCCCUGGUUACGGAGCACGAUGCUCGUAAGGCUGGAGCUGAAGUGGUCAAACAAGUGGACCACCCUUUACUAAGCGGACUUCUCUACCCAGGUCUCCAGGCUUUAGACGAAGAAUACCUCAAAGUGGAUGCCCAGUUUGGAGGAGUGGACCAAAGGAAAAUUUUUACAUUCGCUGAAAAGUACAUGCCACAUCUUGGGUAUGCGAAGAGGGCACAUUUGAUGAAUCCCAUGGUUCCUGGAUUAACUGGAACCAAAAUGAGUUCUUCAGAUGAAGAUUCCAAAAUUGACCUGUUAGAUUCUGCAGCCCAGGUGAAGAAGAAGUUGAAGAAGGCUUUCUGUCAACCUGGAAAUAUCACAGAAAAUGGCCUCUUGUCUUUCUGUAAACAUGUCAUAUUUCCUCUUCUCAAAAAUAAAGAUUUCCAGAUCAGCCGAUCACCAGAUUUUGGUGGGGAUUUGUCCUUCAGUGAAUACGGCAAAUUGGAACAAGCAUUUGCCAAAGAGGAACUUCAUCCAGGUGAUCUCAAAUCAGCUGUAGAAUUUUACCUAAAUAAUCUUCUGGAUCCCAUUCGAAAGGAAUUUGAAACCCCAGAGCUAAAAAAAUUGACAAGUCAAGCUUAUCCGGUUGUGAAGACAAAGGGACCUAAGGGAGAAGAUGGUGCAGCAUCUGAAGAGAUCCGACCCUACAGGUUGGAUUUUAGGGUUGGCAAAAUCAUCUCGGCAGAAAAGCACCCGGAGUCUAACACCCUGUACGUAGAGAAAGUGGACCUCGGGGAGGAGGAGCCCAGGUCUGUCCUCAGUGGUCUGGUGGAUUUGGUUCCCCUGGAGGACCUGCAGGGAAAGUUGGGCGUCUUUCUGUGUAAUCUUAAGCCAAGGACCAUGAAAGGAAUUGAGUCGCAGGCCAUGCUGAUGUGUGCCUCAACUGAUUCCACUCCAUCUCAGGUGGAGCCCCUGAUUCCUCCAGCUGGUUCAGCCCCAGGGGAGCGGGUAUUCAUUGAGGGUGAGAAGGAUGUAGCACCUGAUGAAAAGUUAAACCCCAAGAAAAAGAUCUGGGAAAAAUUACAGCCUGACUUCAGGACCAAUGAUAAGUGUGAAGUGGAGUGGCAGGGAAGUCUAAUGGUGACUAAGUUAGGGGUUGUAACUGUAAAAUCACUCAAAGGUGUACCCAUUAAAUAAACCUCAAGUAAAUUGUGAUAUCAGUUAAGAGCAUGUGCUGACUGUCAACACCUGAAUGUAAAUCAGUGCUUUAUAAUAUAUGUUUGUUCAAUAUUCAUAAUUCAAAAUAAACUUUAAGGAUAAAAUUUUAAAUAUUGUAUUUCACCAAAAAUUUAGCCUGCAAAAAUAAACUCUAAGCAGCACAUAAAGGCACUAAUAUUAUGCUUUUGAUGCCAACACGUAAGCUUAGUUAGUGCGCUAAUAGUAUGCUGUGGGCCUGCGUGGCUCAGCAGCUGGUUAGUGUGCUAGCCCAGCGUAAUGACCCAGAAGUCUAUCACCAGUGCAGUCUCUGUGAGUUCCAGUCCAGCUCAUGCUGAAUUCCUCUCCGGUCGGAAGUGGGAAAGUUUGUGAGCAACCUGCGGAUGGUCGUGGGGUUUUCCCCGGCUCUGCCAGGGUUCCUCUCACCAUAAUGCUGGCCACCGUCGUAUAAGUGAAAUAUUCUUGAGUACAGUGUAAAACACCAAUCAAAUAAAUAAAUAAAUAAAUAAUAUUAUGCUUUUGAUGCCAACACUUAAGCUUUUCUGAAAAACAUUAACAGUAAUCUGAUUUCACAGAAAAUUUUAUGUGGCUGUAUAAGGUGGAGGAAUCAGUUGGAAUUAAAUAAAACGUGUCACUUGAAAAAAGCUGAACUUUUGGUGAAAUAGUUAUGUUUGUAUUGUAUAUCUGCUGGUUUUUCAUCAGAAAACUGCCAUUUUAACACAUCAAAGGAACUGACUCAUGAUACAUACCUUAAAACCAGUGGAUAAUUUGUGAGCAAAACUGGGAAAAAAAUCAAAGCCAUUGGCUUUUCUGCAUUUGAUUAGCACAAAAAAAAACAUUCUUUUAUCACGCCAACUUUCUCUGCUUGUGACUGUCACUUACUGAACAGGAAGAUUCCUUUUGCACCGGAUAAGAUAUUAGAGUGGGCUGCAGUUCAGUGUGAUAUGUAGUUCUCUGUUAUGUCCAGAACUUUUUGUCUGUUCAGUUAUAGCAGUGCCAAAUGGACAACUGAGGCAUGUUUUACAAAAACGUUAAAUGUAUGAACUACUAUUGCGAUGCUUUUCAACAGUAUAUUCUGUCAUGACAGUUACGUUUGACCUAAGUUACAAGCUCUUUGUAAACUGGGCUCUAGGCAGUAGUACAAGGCUUGUUUGGAGUAGAAUGAGACUUGUUCAUUCGAUGCUCUACAGUUGAGAGUAGGGCACAAGGACCAGUCUACUUAGUGUGUGUAGAUGUGUAUUAUAACACACUGUGACUGGUGUGUUCAUGUCCCUCUUCAGUGAUUUGCUUUGCCUCAACCCAGACUUUUGUUGAAAACGGUGCUAAGCCAAAAACAAACAGGAAACCAAUAAUCGAUAGGUUAUGACACCUCAGUGCAAGUUUUAUCUGUUUACACUGGCUUUCGAUCCUCCUACAGGAUUGAAACCUAGUUUAUUAUUAUUGAACCUUAGUGUGAACUUGAGUCUAAACAGUAUAUCUAACAGGAAACUCGCAAAUCAUGGUCAGACAAAAAGGACUUCUAAUUAAUAGGACAGAUACCUAUUAACGGAUCUGUUCUUUCUCAUAAAAUUCCAGUAGCAUUUUCUGUACAUCAGCAAUGAUUCUCCAAUAAAAAAAACUCUGAUGUAAUAUUGUGUUUAUUACAUUAAGUAAUGUAAUAAGUUUGUGAUGAAUUUUUAAAUAGCAUGAAGAAGAAAUUUUGUUACCAGAAUUUAUAUAUGGUGAAUUGCUUUCAUCAGUUUAAUGUUAACAGAUCUUAAAGGAAAAUUUUUUAGUCAGUUUGAGAAUGAUUUGAUGUCUCCUGUCCUGUAUAUAAGAUUUUAUUUUGUUUCAAAAAGAUCAAAAAUGUUUACAUGUACACAUUUAUAUAUCAUUGCAUAUAUAUUCAGAUUUGCCACUGCUGUCAUAUUAUAUUAAUCUAACUGUGAACUGUUGAUAUCAUGAUUGUGAUGUGGUAAGUGGAUUAACACUCUUAACUCUCUCUUCACCUAUUUUCUGACACUUCUGUCUCAUUUUUACGGUUAUGGGUUCCCCAAGUACAGUACAUGUAAAUGUAAUUUCCUUCCCCGUUAAAUAUUUUCCCCAAAGUGGAUGUAUAAACAUUUUUUAUUUUUUUCAUAUCUCUAUUUAUGGGGGAAGCAAUAAUCAGACUCCACUGAACUCUA